AUGAAUGUGGUACGGUUCUUACAGUUACCAGUAGAUAUACGAAGACAUAUUUACUAUCACGUUGAUGGGUCAUUUACCUCAUUGAGUCCCAGUUCUUUGGAAUCUCUUUACAAGCUAAAUACUAUAGAUCUCCCCCCAUUAAAGAGGAAUAAGGCAAGUAAACAUGAUAAAUUGCUGUUGAAAAGGUUAUACCCGAUCUUUGCCGAGUAUAUUGAAAUGUUCGAAUAUGAUCCGGAAAUGAUUAGACUAUGGUUGGAAUAUUCCUUAUGGUUACGAUACGAUGCUAUAGUCCUAGAUAAUUUGAGAGUAAAUCACGCAUAUGAAGGGUCAUUACUCGGGCCUUUAGACUGGAUCUACCUAAAUGAUAAACUGCGGCUUGGUUAUUUUGACAGCCGAGAUUUGUUUCAGGUCUGGUAUACCUUAAAAGAGUACAACAUGUGGGUUGUAGAAGGUGAUACUGUUGGUGAAUACAAUACCGACAUAUAUUAUUAUAAGUUAAGUCUGGAUCACGUAGACAAAAACAACUUAGGUCAUUUAUUGGAAGUUUUUCAAAAGAAGAAGCUGCUUAACUCUAUCCAUGAAAUUCUCCUAAGUCAGGACCAGUCUGACUCGAAGGAGAGCUCCAUUGAUGUAGCCAGCUCACCAUCUUUAUCUAGAGCUUCAUCUUUUUCUAAUAUAGAUUCAUUCAACGUGUCUUCCACCACUUUAACGAAGAAAAGUGUAAAAGAGAGUAAAAUUACUCUUAGCGAUAAAACGAUUAUGCAAGCGGUACAAAGUUUAUCUUCAAUGAAAAGUUUAAGGAAACUGUACAGUCGAGGUGGUUACUUAUUUGAGACCUUUAUAAAUGGACAUGGACUUAGGGAAAGACCAGGAAAAUCAAUAAAUUAUCUUGUUAAAAGAAGGAUUCGAGAAUUAGAACUUCUCCAAAUACGGGAUGUGACCAGUUAUGGCAUUGCCGAUUUUACUAAGUGGGAUAAUCUCCGAAAAUUGUCUUUAAUUAAUAUUGAUUUUAUAGACCUUACCAAGUUAGUCUUACCGCAAAAAUGUGUGACACUGGUUAUCAGGAACGCAGAGGAGAUCAAAUGGUGGGAUAUAGUGGAAAGAAUAGAGAGUAACAUAAAAAAUUUAGAAUACAUUACGACUUGUUCAAAUUACCAAGAUCAAUGUAUACCUUUCGCGAAUUGUAAGCAUGUAAAAAUCGAACGACUGAAUAAGGAUAAAUUAUCUGAGGAUUUGACGAUAUACUGCUUGGUGGAAACGUGGAAAUCUCUACAAUCUUUAAAUUUCUUACAACUUCAAAACGUGUCAAGGUUUACAACUGAUAAAAUCUGCAUUGCCGAGACACUGUACAAUGACGAUCGAAUAAAGCUCUUUCAAUGCAAUGACCUGGAAAAAAUAACACUCAUAUAA